AUGGCAAUUCACUUGGAAGUCACUGAUAACCUGACCGCUUUAGAACUUAUCAACAUCUUACGAAGGUUCAUAUCUCGGAGAGGAACGGAUCUGUAG